ACAGUACUAAAUUUAAAGUUGAUUUGCCCAAGAUUAACACAGGACUUGACACGAUGUCAGCAUCAGUACGAUCUCAGCCGUCGACCGCCUCUCAGCCAGCCCACAAGUCCGCUAGGUCGCCCAAGUGUGCUCUCUGUGGCGGCGUCAUCGCGGACGUCGUGGUACAAGCCAUGGACACUACUUGGCACCAGGACCACUUCCAGUGUGCUCACUGUCAGAGACCAAUCACCUCCCCCAGAUACCACGUGUUUGACGGCAAGUCUUACUGCGAGGCUGACUACGCGGCGCUCUUCCUCAAGAGGUGUGACAAGUGCCAACAACCCAUCAAGGACGUCGUAGUUAUGGCGUUAGGCAGACCGUGGCACAAAGAGCAUUUCACCUGCAACUCCUGCUCCACACUUCUGUCCCACAAGGGUUUCUACGAGAAGGAGGACAAGCCUUACUGCUCAGACUGUUUCGAGGGCAAGUUCUGUCCUGUGUGCCACUCGUGCGGCAGAACCAUCGUGGACCAAGCCGUGGUCGCACUAGGAGACAAGUACCACCUGACUUGCUUCAGGUGCACUCGCUGUGAUCAAGCUAUCAGAGACGGGACUUUCAAGAUACUUGAUAAAAGACCUGUCUGUGAGAAGUGCUACCUUUAGUGCUAUCUGUAGUUGAAGCAAUAUGAACCAAAUACGUCAUUAGGAUUUUACUUGUUAUGUGUCAUGUUACAUCCACCUUAAUAAACCCUAAUAUGAUACCGUG